UCAGGGACGGAGGGGCCUGUUUACGUCCGCCGCCGCCGCCGGAGGAGCCGCCGGGACGGACCGGACCCCAAAGCGGUGGACAGUGACCGGCGGGAGACGGCAGGGCAUGAUACAGGUUGGGAAGUGAACCGCCACUCCUGGCUUGGCUCUGGGGAGAAAUCUGAGCCCCUCUCGUCUUUGAUCGGAUUUCCGUGUGCCUGCGUAUCCGCCUUCGGUUUCGGACGAUCCAAUGGCCGACCAGAGGAUGGACAUUUCGUCUACAAUAAGCGACUUCAUGUCCCCCGGGCCCACCGACCUCAUCUCCAGCUCCCUCAGCGCGACAGGGAUGGACUGCAGUCGGAAACGGAAAGGCAGCUCGACGGACUAUCAGCUGGACGGCUUUUCUUUUGAGGAAAGUAUGGAUACUGACAAAGAUGACCAGCAUGGGAGGUUGGAAUACACAGACCAGCAAGGCCGAAUCAAAAAUGCAAGGGAGGCUCACAGUCAGAUCGAGAAAAGGCGACGGGAUAAGAUGAACAGCUUCAUCGACGAAUUAGCGUCCCUGGUGCCCACCUGCAAUGCCAUGUCCAGGAAGUUGGAUAAGCUCACGGUGUUACGGAUGGCUGUGCAGCACAUGAAGACAUUGAGGGGCGCCACCAACCCUUACACAGAAGCCAAUUACAAGCCCGCCUUCCUGUCGGACGACGAACUCAAGCAUCUCAUUCUCAGGGCGGCAGAUGGGUUCCUGUUUGUCGUAGGAUGCGACAGAGGGAAGAUACUGUUCGUUUCGGAAUCGGUCUUCAAAAUCCUCAACUACAGCCAGAACGAUCUAAUCGGCCAGAGUCUCUUCGACUAUCUGCAUCCCAAGGAUAUCGCCAAAGUGAAGGAACAGCUCUCCUCGUCUGACACCGCUCCACGGGAGAGACUCAUCGACGCAAAAACUGGACUCCCCGUCAAGACAGACAUCACUCCCGGGCCCUCGCGGUUAUGUUCCGGGGCGAGGCGGUCCUUCUUCUGCAGGAUGAAGUGCAAUCGCCCCGCCGUCAAGGUGGAAGACAAAGACUUCCCCUCCACAUGUUCAAAGAAAAAAGCGGACCGCAAGAGCUUCUGCACAAUCCACAGCACGGGCUACCUGAAGAGCUGGCCGCCCACCAAGAUGGGGCUGGACGAGGACAACGAGCCAGACAACGAAGGCUGCAACCUGAGCUGCCUGGUGGCCAUCGGACGGCUCCACCCCCACGUCGUCCCUCAGCCCGCCAACGGGGACAUCAGGGUCAAGCCCACGGAGUACGUGUCCCGCCACGCCAUCGACGGGAAGUUCGUGUUCGUAGAUCAGAGGGCAACGGCCAUCCUGGCGUAUUUACCCCAAGAGCUCCUAGGCACUUCGUGUUAUGAAUAUUUUCACCAGGAUGACAUAAGCCACCUUGCAGAAUGCCACAGGCAAGUUCUCCAGACGAGGGAAAAAAUCACGACCGACUGCUACAAGUUUAAAGUCAAAGACGGUUCUUUCAUCACCCUGCGGAGUCGCUGGUUCAGUUUCAUGAACCCCUGGACCAAAGACGUGGAAUACAUCGUCUCCACCAACACGGUGGUGUCGGCCACCGUCGCCGAGAGCGGAGACCCGGCCUUCGCCCAGCACGCCGCCUCCCCUCACAGCAUGGACAACGCGCUGCCAGCUGGGGAAGGUGGCCCCAAGAGGCCCCACCCCACGGUCCCCGGCAUCCCCGGCGGGACGCGAGCCGGGGCGGGCAAGAUCGGCCGGAUGAUAGCCGAGGAGGUCAUGGAGAUUCACCGGAUAAGAGGGCCCUCGCCGUCCAGCUGCGGGUCCAGCCCGCUGAACAUCACUAGCACCCCGCCCCCCGACGCCGCUUCUCCCGGAGCCAAGAAGAUUCUCAACGGCGGCACCCCGGACAUCCCCCCGGCCGGGCUCCUGGCCGGCCAGGUCCCAGACAACUCCGGCUACCCCUACUCGGACAGCUCUUCCAUUCUCGGUGAGAACCACAUAGGCCUAGACAUGAUCGACCACGAGCAGGGCUCCAGCAGCCCCAGCAACGACGAGGCGGCCAUGGCCGUCAUCAUGAGCCUCCUGGAGGCCGACGCCGGCCUCGGGGGCCCCGUGGACUUCAGUGACCUCCCUUGGCCCCUGUGAGCGGCCCCCACCCCGGCCACCGCCGGCCACGAGCGCCUCAGCGGUGGGUGGACUUUUCCCAUCCGUGAAGCUUUUAGUGGAUCGCGAGCGAACCGCUUUUAUGUUCCCACGUCAUAAAAGCCAUAUCUCGAAGCCACGGCCCCCCGGGCCGGCCCGCCCGAGUCCUGCGGGGCCAGGGGCGGCCACCCUCUGGACCUUAGGGAUCCCGUCCGCGGGGAGCUCGGCCGUCCGCGCCCCGGCGACGGUCGCCUUUCUAUGCCAGCGGUCAUUUCCGACGUCCGGUGUUUUUACACUACAGAGGUCCCCGGGUGGAUGGCUAUUUCUUUUACCGACUGUAUCAUAAAGCGAUCUAUUCUUUCCGGUAAGAGCCCUUUCCUAUAAAUAUGGUAAAAGUGUAAUGUAUUAGACAGUUGAAUAUUUUUAAAAUAAACGUCGCCCUUGUUGUA